UGACGAUCGAGAGCUAAUUAAUAUACAUGGCGAUAUCCCACGUCAAGCCUUUGCUUCUUUCUCUCCUUGUGUCACUCUUUUUCUUGCCUUCUGCUUUGGGCGGAACCGAUUUCCAUAACUGCAAUCCCCUUCGUGAUUAUCCCGUUAAAGUCAAGACUGUCGAGAUAUCUCCAGACCCGGUUAAGAUUAGCACUAAUGGAAACAUUACGAUAACCGGUUCUACAAGCGUAGAUAUCCCUGAUGGAGCAACUGUAAAUCUCGACCUUAGGUUUCCCGAGCCUAUAUCUAAAAGAAGCUACUCUUUAUGUGAUAUAGUGGCGUGCCCUGUUGCAGCUGGGCCCAUUGUGCUUAAUUUUUUAAAUGUAUUCACUCAGCAAGAACUUAUACCAUGGGGAUAUUUUGUUUUAAUAAGCAUUACCGAGAAGCACCGGGAAGACCCAAUGAUGUGCGUCUCCUUCCGUUGUAUGAUUACACGUGAACAAACGUCUCUCCUUUAGAGGGGAUAUCAAGUUUUAAUAAGCAUCACCGCGGAUCACCAGAAAGAGCCAAUGAUGUGCGUGUGGUUCACUUGAGU